CAAAAUUAAACAAUCAAUGAUCAGAAUUAAAUAUCAUUUAUCUUAUUCAACUCUUGUUCUGCAAUAUGAUUAGCUGUAUAAAGGAGCUCAUUAGUAAGUUAAACAAACCAAUCCAAGUAAUUAACGUACAAUGACACUAAUACAUAAACAAAUCCUAGAACCCUACAAAAUUGGAAAUCGUAAAGUUACAAAAGAUUUUUGAAUAGUCUUGUUUUUCAAAUUAAUAAUGCUAGAUGGUAGUGCGGAUCUAAUAUUAUUGUAUAUUUAGGUUUGAUCGAGUUAUUUGGUUAUAAAAAGAUUGCAAAUAUGCUCAAAAGUGCGUUAAAAACUUGUGAAAAAUAAAAUAAAUGAUUGCUGAGUAAAAAAAUCACCAAAAAAAAGUUGACAAAAAUGUAAUUUCGCAAAAAGUGCACGAAAAUUCUACUCAAUAUCUUUGAUUAAAAAAUACGCGAUAAGUGAGAUAACAAUUAAGGACAUAGAGCAGUGAUUAGUUGAGGAAAUUAUCAAAAUUAUUGAAAAGAUCAGUAAAGUUAAAAAGUAAAUUUUACACCAAAAAACAAGGAACAGAAAAAUCGUUGACGAAAGAAAAAGAGAAAAAAUUAAGAGAAAGGAGCAGCUGGAUUUCCAACAAAUAUAUUCGAAUAGUUUUAAAGCCCGCAUCUGAUAACUGCCUUUUAAAAUUGAAAUGGCUUGCAAACAUUGCAUGCGAAUUUAAUGAAAAAAAUCAAAUAUUCAAGACGGAAAGAAUACAUCACGGCUGUAGAUAAUUUAAAACAAUUCAGUCGCAUCACUGCUUUAGCAAGAAAGGAAAUAGAGUCACAAUCAUGGAUAAAUCAAGCAAUGGUCAAAAUCAUGGUCAAAAAGUAUCACAAAUUGCAAACAUUUUUCAACGUAAGGCAUUAACUGAAGAUCAUAAAGACAAUGCAGCAACACCUGUUGUAAGAACUGAAUCACAUGCUGCACGCUUUAAUAAUGCUAGAGCACUUUUUGAAAGACUGGGAGAAGGUCGCAUAAAUAGACCUAAUUCAUUCAGCAUUAAGCAUUCCACAAGUAAAGACGAUAAUUUAAAAGAUCCUAGUCCUGAAAGACAACGGUCACCAUCGCCUAAAAAAUUUAAUGGCCUUGGAAAGAUUGAGGGAGUUGGAAUAAUUCAAAAUGUGUCGAGGAUAAAGUCAGAGAAACCUGAAAAACCAGAAAAGCCCGAGAGAAAAUUCAAUUCGAAAGAAUUAAUUGAGAAGCAGAAGAACUGGACAUCACAUUUUACAAAAUCCAAAUCAGUGACAUCAUCAUCAGCAUCAGCGAGAUGUGAUAUAAUUAGAGCCGUACCUGGCUAUAAUGCUGAAGUAAUAAAGACACCUGAACCAGUUAAGGAAGUUAAGUCAACAAGAUCAGCUUCAAUUGAAUCAGCAUCGCCACCAAGUCCUUCAAAAAGACAAUCUAUAUCAACACCACCAGAAAUAAAGCCUAGAACAACGUCACGCUCCAAUUCUAUAACAAGCCCACAAAAAUUACCCGAUGUAACAAAAGUAGAUGAGAAUCAGUCAUUAAUAAGAAAGAAAUCUUUAGACUUCAGCGACCAACAGCAGAUACAUUCCAAUAGUAAUUCUGUAGACAAUCGAAGACUUAGUAGUGACAAAGAGUCAAGUUUAGCAUCACCAGCACGUAUAAUUAGUUCAACUCCAUCGCCCGCAGCAAGCUCGUCAGGUCCAUCAAGUCCCGUUCACACGGAGGAUGAAAAGCAAGAAAAUGAGUCCAAUGAAAAGACUGAUAUGGUUUCUACACUCGAUGAUGGUAAAAAUCGUUCAAAUGAUGAAGAUGACAAGGCUCAUCGGAGAUCGUCAAAGAAAGUGUCUAGCAUUUGUAUUAAUUUACCAGCUGCAGGUUUAGGUCAACGUCCUUCAAGUGUUCAUAGUUCGAUUAACGAUGAAGGUGGAUUUAAUGAACCAUCGCCAGAAAUUAAGGCACUACAAACAGUAUAUGAUUACGAUCAAGUCGUUAUUGAUGCUCAAAUGGCAUCACAUCCAGAUGUCUUGAGUAAUGUCACAUAUGUUGAUCUUGCACAUCGCGUACAACCUGAAGGAAUCGAAAGUGAUCAAUCGUAUGAUGAGAAUGAAUCGUAUAGACGUAAAGCUGAGAAUAUUUGUGAGAUAAAGAAGGAAAAGGUUGUUUAUGCUACAAUCAAAACGGAAAUGCCUGUAAAAGAAAUGAUUUACGAAAAGGAGAAUAUUUUGGAUGAUGAUGAGACGGAUGAUAUUAAGAUAAUUCAACCAGAUGUUACUGAAAGAGGCUAUGUUAGUCCGCAGAAAAUACUCGAUCCAACGUGUACAAAAUUACAUGAUGAAAAUAACGACGAUGAUGAUGAUGAUGACAAAGACAUUGAAGACUUAUUUAAUAAGAAAUUACCACCUAUACCUUUAUGCGGUUCCGAAACAGAGACUGAAGAAGAUGAUGUAGCACCACCAAUACCGCCGAUGUCAACUAAGAAAGUACCUCCACCAAUUCCCGAGUUAAAUUCACCAUUAGAUCUUCAGGAUGUCGAAUUUGCUGAUGCGAGUGACCCAGAAGAUGACUUGAUAACUAAUGUUAACAAUAAUAAUAAAAAUAAUACCAAUGAAGAAAUCUUACCUGAUGCCAUGACAAACGAUGAGGCUGAGAGGCUGUUGAGUUCAAGACAACAGUCAUUACUUUCUGAUGAGCAAGCACGUGAAGUUGAAGCAAUUCUUGCAAAUAAAGAGCUUCCACCAUUACCAGUAGAAAAUAUUAAGGAGAAUCUUAAGGAGAAGACAAUUGUUGAGGAUGAUGAGCCAGAUUGGCUACAAGAUGUACUUAGCACAACAACAGGAAAUAAAUCCGAAUUUUUGAAUGAUAAAUCCACAGACCAAAUUAAUGAUGUGCUCAAUCAAACUAUAUUGUUGGGUGACAAUUCAGCGAAUGCAUUGUUCCAAGAUUCUAUCGUUUCUGUAGAAUCGAAUCAAAGUGCCAAUGAGAGUAUAGUGACGACAACAACUUCUGAUAGUAUUAAUUUAAGUAAGGUUGAAUCAAAUAGGGAUGGAUCUAUAAUAAGCUCAGCGACAUCACUUGUAGAGGCUGACGAGUCUGGAGAUGAGUCACUUCAAAUGGAAUAUCCACCAGUUGCGGCACAAGAAGUCUUUAUUAAUCAGGACGGUGUACAUUUCUUUGAGGAUGGCAAUUUUUGGAUGGAAGUUCCUGGAUUAUUGGAAAAUGAUCGAGAUGAUGAGGAGGAGCAACACAUUCCAGUUAAGAAAAAUACCAAAGUUAAAUUUAGUACAGCACCAAUUCAAGUCUUUUCGACAUUCUCAAUAAAUGAUUAUGAUCGAAGAAAUGAAGAUGUUGAUCCAGUUGCAGCUUCCGCUGAAUAUGAGCUGGAAAAGAGGGUUGAAAAAAUGGAUGUCUUUCCAGUGCAAUUAAUGAAAGGAAGUGAAGGUCUUGGUUUAAGUAUUAUUGGCAUGGGAGUUGGAGCUGAUUCUGGACUCGAAAAGCUCGGUAUUUUUGUCAAAACAAUUACUGAGAAUGGUGCAGCAGCCCGUGACGGACGUAUUCAAGUAAACGAUCAAAUUAUUGAGGUUGAUGGAAAGUCUUUAGUUGGUGUUACACAAGCUUAUGCUGCGUCAGUAUUAAGAAACACAUCAGGUCUAGUAAAAUUCCAAAUUGGACGUGAAAAAGAUCCAGACAAUUCGGAAGUUGCACAACUCAUUCGACAGAGUCUACAAGCUGAUAAAGAUAAGGAAGAAAGAAUAAGACGACAACAGGAAGAAUACUUCCGACGAACAUCUGAAGAUUCUACACUUCCUGUCUCAGCCAAUUCAAGUCUUUCAGAAGGUCCAAUGUCACCGACUCAAAUUGCAGCCGAUUCACCAUUUGCUGAUGGUAUCGAGUACAGUGGAAAUUCGGGUGACGUAGAAUCACUCAAACGACUCCUUCAAGAACUAAUUCGAUACCAAACGAUAUCGAACGAAACCGAAAUUAUAUGCGAGAAACUGAAGCAAACUGAGAGAGAUUUGACGGAUAUUCGCAAAGAGGCUAACAAUUACCAAAACAUGUUGCAGCAAUCACAGACGCAGUAUGCAACACUCGAACGAAAAUAUUCAAAAGUCAAGAAGAUACUAAGAGACUUCCAGCAGCGUGAUCGUGAUAUGAUACAAUUCCAAGAAUAUUAUUUGCAACAUUUACAAGAAAAGGACACAGAAUAUAAUGCUUUGGUAAAAAAGCUAAAGGAUCGUGUAAUUUCAUUGGAACAGGAAUUACAAGAUACACAAAAACGAGCUGGAUUGCCAGUGUGCUUGCCGUACGAUAAUACUAGUCUUAAAUUAACCCCACAAAUGACAAGAAAGCAGCCGCCUAAGCCACUGUUUCAAAAGAAAAUUGAAGGAGAAUACUCGGAUCUAGAAAUAUCAGACUUGUCACCCGACGGAGAAGGUGAGGAUGGAAAAACAGCUACAGUUGAGAGAAAGGUUCCAGUAAAAGAUGAAUUUGAUACAGCCAUUCCGAAGCAUGAACUACUCGACUCGUCUGUUAAUAAGAGUAAGAGUGAUUUGGUAUCACGCGGUGCUUUGGCUAAUCGUCAGUUGCCAAAAAAGUUGGGAAAUAGUAAUAGCAGUUCCAAUGGGACAUUAGAUGAAAGUGAAGAAGAACAAAAUAUCGAUGAUGCUAAUAACAAUCCAACAUUCACAAAUGGAGUUCAUUAUUCCACACCAAUAGUAAAUAAACCUGUGGUUCCGCCAUCUGUUCCCUUAUAUGCAAGCGUUCAUAAAGAGAGAAAUGAUGCAACCUCACCCGUCCAAGCAUUUAAUAUGAAACAACAACACACAACUAUACCAAAUAUUUUCCGCGAUAAUGUUGGUGGAAAAAUUAGCAGUUCUAGUUACGGAAGUGACUUGAAUGCUUCUUCUUAUGAGAGUGAUAUGGGCUCAUCAAAUGAUAAGCUUGAUGAUCAAUCACCAGACACUUGGAUUUAUCCGAGUCGACGACCAAAAGGCUUAAAAGGCAUUAAUCCACCAUCACUUGCUGAGCAAUUGAAAGAAAGACUUGCUGAGCGAGAAGGCAAAAAGGUGGUGGAAGAUGGAUCAUCACGCGAUAGCAGUGACGAUUUUACUGAUCUCAAUCAUUCACAAAAUCCAGCUGAGAGGAUUUCACAAAAUCUAUUAUGUGAAAUUAAAAAGGCUGUAAACGAAAACGUUGGAAAAGUAAAACAUGUACCUCCCUCAACAAUAUCUCCGUUAGGUUCGUCUCCACCUUGGAAACAUCAAACUCAAUCGAGUGACGAUAAUUUAUCUGCAUCGUCUGAUUCGUCACCCGCGUACUCUCCAAGUCGUACUAUAGAUUUAUCUGGAUCAUCGACAAGCUUCUCAAGCGAUCGUGCCAAAAUAUCUGCUUCUUCACAUCAAUGGAAGAGUGGACCCGUUGAGCAAUGGAACAAUGAACAGGUAUGUCACUGGCUAUUAGGAAUAAAUAUGGAGCAUCAUGUGCCGAAAUUCAUUGAGCAUGGCGUUGAAGGUGGCGCUUUAUUGCAGUUGGAUUCUCGCGAUUUUAAAAUCUUGAAUGUUUGUGGAGAUGACAAGAAGUUAUUAAAGAAGAAUAUUAAGGAGUUGAAGCGAUUGAAUGAGAAGGAGAGGAGGCAAACGGAAAAGGAUCGAAAGGAACGCGAAAAAAUGAUUAAGAAGGCUGAGAAAAAAGCAGAAAAGGAGAAGAAAAAGAAAUAAAAAUUGAAAAUUGAAAGACAUGAAUAUAUUAGGACUCUCUCUCAGUCAGAUGCUAUUAAUUACUUUAACGACACUAUUGUAGACUAGUUUAUAUUUAUCGACUUUCAUCAUCAUUACUCACAAAACAAAAGUAACUUCAACCUUCUUCCUCGUCUUACUAUUACUUUAUAUUCAAACAUCUAAGUUUAAUUUGUAGAUUGAUUUUAUUAUUUUAAGUAAUUUAUAAUUUGUAAAUAAUGUUCGUGUAUGUUUUGAGUUGUGUAUGACUUUAUUUUAAAAUCCAUUUGCAUUAUUAUUGCGAAAUUUUCGACUCAUUUAUUUUAAUUUUUUUAAAAACUAUGGAAUGAAAGGAAUAGAAGCAAAACAAAAACAAAACAUGUUAGUUCUUAACGACUGCAAAUUUUACAAUGAAUUUUUAAGUCAAUUUUUUCGACUUUAAUUUCGAUUGCAUUUUUUAUACGGUUACAUAGAUAUUAAGGAAGUAAACAAAAAUAACUGCAGCAUUAAUGUUUUUAAAGAAAGAAGAAAAAAAAACAAGAAAAUGAGUAUAAAUUAAUAAGAUAAUUAACCAAUUUAAUAUUACGAAUAUCCUAUUUCUCUUUAGUGUGUUUAAAAAAUGAAAGGAACCUCCAUGCGAGGACGUUUUUAAUCAAAAAAUAUUUAUGCUACAAACUAUGAUAUACAAACAUUUAAAAACAAAACAUUAAUGACAAUUCCUUUUUUCAAAUUUACGAAAGUACUUGAGGACGAAGCCCUUGUCUACGUUUAAUUUAUUAAUCUAUAACUCAUAUUAAGGAAGAAAUUAUCCAUGAAUUUAUUAAAAUGUGUCAAAAAUGAAAAAGAUAUUCUUUAGAAAAUGGUCAGAAUGAAGAAUACGAAAUUUUUUACCACUGUUUACAAAAAGAAUCGAUGGUUCCGGAACUAACCAUUUCCAAUUUUUAUACAAGCUAUCUCUGCAAUAUAUUGAUUAUAUCCUUCCACACUCGAUAGUGAUCUGAAGUUUUCAUUUCUUUCUUAUGCUUUUUGUUGCUGCAUUUGUUAAAAGAAGAUUGCCUGUUCAGAUUCAUGAAUCUGCAGACAAACCAGCUUUAUUCUGAAUCUAUUAUUGUUCUUAAAAAAAUGGAUAUUAAACCCCCUUCGCCAUCUGUCAUAAAAUGUUGAUACAAAUCUUUUUGUGUUGCAUUAAGUUGUUAACCCUCUAGCUGCUUUCAAACUUGGACAUUAUUUUUUGAACGAUACCUAGCCAAUCUGAAUCCCCUGCUCAUAGAUAGAAUUUUUGAAAAGGUUCCGAUUAUAACUGUCGUGCUAACCUUUUAAUAGAUUUACUUCACAAAUUUCAAUUAAAUCUUUAAAGUAGAUCUUGAGAGGUUUUAUAAUAUCUCAAAGUUGAGAGGUUGGGAUCCAUAAAUUAGAAAUCCAGAAAAUUGAAAAGAAAAUUUUCCUGCACUCAAUAUAGAAAGCAGGAUUAAAAAAUAAAUUUACAUUUUGAAAACCAUUAAAUAAAUGAAAGAUAAUGAAAACUUAAGAUCACUUGACUCUCACAUCUAUCCUCCUUGAACUGAAAAAUACCCCCCUUUUUCCAAGACAUUCUGAAACCGAUGAGUACGAUACAAAGAAAAAAUAAUAAUUUUUUUACCAUUUUGAUUACGAUAAUUCAAACUAAUAUUAUAUAAUAUAUAUGAUGAAUCCCCGUGAAAUAAUGAUGGAAAUUAAUGUAGUAAUGGAUAACAGAUAAAAAUAUAUCCAAUGUAGUUGUUUGAAACAUGAUAACAUUGUAGUUGAAAAUAAUGAAAAAAAAAUAUUAGUGCAAGAAUUUUACAAUUAAGUCCUAUUUCAUGAUAAAUUUAAAGUUCCCAAACCCUUUUUGUUAUGUAUUUUGAAAACCUAUUAGACAAAAAAGAAAGAAAGAAAAUCAGAACAAAAAAAAAGUUAUACGAAAAAUUCGGCAAUUUUUCACAGAUUUAGAUAUGCCUAAUCGCCGACAUUAAUUAAUUCUUUUUGUUUGAAAAAUCGUUAAAUUAAGAAUAUUUCUCCAAAGAUUUUAUUUCCUUGAGAGCUUUAAGCUUCAAUUGUUUUUUACUAUUUCCUCUUUAAUUAAUUAAUUUUUGCGAAAUAAUAAUAUGAUUCUUGUAAAUUUUAUAUUUUGCCAAAUAAUUAAACCAUCCAUAAAAAAAAUCACAAAUUUCAUUAAAACAGAAGAGACAAAUUCAUCUCUAGAGACAGCAAAAGAAAGAAAAUCAUCAGUUAAUAAGGUCAUAAAAAUAAACGUAAAUUAUUCAAUCA